CCGAUGGAGCCCGAGUCCGAACCCGCGUCCGUGGAGGUUCCCGCGGGCCGUGUGCUCAGCGCCGCGGAGCUCCGGGCGGCGCGCUCGCGCUCCCAGAAGCUGCCUCAGCGGUCGCAUGGCCCCAAGGACUUCCUCCCCGACGGCUCGGAGGCCCAGGCCGAGCGGCUGCGCCUGUGUCGCCAGGAGCUGUGGCAGCUGCUGGCGGAGGAGCGCGUGGAGCGCCUGGGCAGCUUGGUGGCCGCCGAGUGGAGACCCGAAGAAGGCUUUGUGGAGUUGAAGUCUCCUGCGGGGAAAUUCUGGCAGACCAUGGGCUACUCCGAGCAAGGGCGGCAGCGGCUGCACCCCGAAGAGGCCUUGUAUCUGCUGGAGUGUGGCUCUAUUCAGCUCUUCUACCAAGACCUGCCACUGUCUAUCCAAGAGGCCUACCAGCUGCUGCUGACUGAGGACACCUUGAGUUUCCUACAUUAUCAGGUCUUCAGCCACCUGAAGAGACUAGGCUACGUGGUCCGUCGGUUCCAGCCAAGCUCUUUAGGAACAUCUGGUAUUAUUGGUGACACUCAAGGGACGUGGGCAAAGCACCAGUCUGAGAAGGUGGAGCUGUUGCCUGCCUGCUGUUCUCCCCACAGCUCUGUUGUGUCGCCUUACGAGAGGCAGCUUAACUUGGAUGGCUAUGCCCAGUGCCUGGAGGACGGGACUGGCAAGAGGAAGAGGCGCUCCAGCUGUCGGUCUGUCAAUAAGAAGGCUAAGGGUCUGCAGAGCUCCCUGCCACCCGUGAGCCUGUCAGCCUCCAGCCCACCUGCCUGUGACCAGAAUAGCCAGGAUCCAGAGAAGCCCCAGGAGUCAAGCCCCAGGAAGGACUCAGGACUCUCCUCUCAGUCUCUGGGGUCUCCAGAGCCUUGCCCUGCUCUGGCCAGGGAGGAUGUGGGGUGUGGCCAGGAGAAUGAUAAAAUCGAGAAUGGAGCCAAGGGGGCUCCUAAACUCCGCUGGAACUUUGAGCAGAUCUCCUUCCCCAACAUGGCUUCAGACAGCCGCCACACCCUCCUGCCUGCCCCAGCCCCAGAGCUGCUCCCGGCCAAUGUCAUUGGGCGAGGGACAGAUGCUGAGUCCUGGUGCCAAAAGCUGAACCAGCGGAAGGAGAAGCUUUCCCGGAGAGACCGGGACCAGCAAGCAGAGGCCCAGCAGUUCCGGGAGGAUGUGAAUGCAGAUCCUGAGGUGCGGAGCUGCUCCGGCUGGCGGGAGUACAAGGAGCUGCUGCAGAGGCGACGGCUGCAGAAGAGCCAGCCCCGCCCCCCACACCUGUGGGGCCAGUCUGUCACGCCCUUGCUCAACCCUGCGAAAGCAGAUUCCCCAGCCACGGUCCUUCAACACGUCUCUGUGCUGCAGACAACACACCUUGCUGAUGGAGGUUACCGGCUGCUGGGGAAGUCUAGAGGCUUGGAGAUCAGCUUCGAUGUUUACCAGGCUGACGCUGUGGCUACCUUCCGGAAAAACAACCCUGGCAAACCCUAUGUCCGAAUGUGCAUUAGUGGAUUUGAUGAGCCUGUCCCAGACCUCUGCAGCCUCAAGCGGUUGACCUACCAGAGUGGGGAUGUUCCCCUGAUCUUUGCCCUGGUGGAUCAUGGUGACAUCUCCUUCUAUAGCUUCAGAGACUUCACGCUGCCUGUGGAUCUGGAGCACUGAAUGUAUAGCUCUGAGGAUGGGCUUUUUCUGGGGGACUUGGACUGCUCUCAGGGACCAUGUUAGCUGACUCCUGUACAGGACUCACCAGGAACUGUCUGGGCCAAUGUCGUCAUGGCCCUGGGUAUCUGCUGUUUGUAGGGGAGUGAAGCCUUGCCCCGUUCCCUCUUGCCUGGCAGUGACCCCCUUGGAACUCAGGACUUGAUUUCAGAGGCCCAGGUGGUAGGGCAGAAGAGAGGACUCUGUGCCUUUAAACAGGGGGGUGCUUGCUUCGUGCCAUAAAGCCAAAGCCAUUAAAAAAAUAUUUUCUGCUGUGA